AUGGAACACUUUUCCGACGGCCUUCUUGCCCACCUCUUCACUUUUCUAUCCGCCAGGGACAUUCUUCGACUUGUUGUCACCUGCCGAUCAUUAUCUCCAUCUACUCCAUGUAUCCAGCUUGCGCUCGAGCGCGUGAUCAAGCGUCGCUUCGAAAACCUUACGGGCUUCUUGGAGACCUCAUCCACUCACUGGCCUCGCUCACUUACAGUAUUGCGAGGCGCAGAAGUGCUUUAUAUCAAGGAUUUACUAGCACGCUCGACUGCUCAAUCGUUCGAGGCCGUGGCCUCGUGCUCUCCGAAUAGCGUUAUUGUGAGCCGCGCGUGGCUUAGCGCCUUCAAAAAACGCUGCCAGGACUUUGAGCAGUUUUUGCUGCAGUUCCGCCGCACAAAACGAAAGCAGAGGCGGCAACACGCAGCAAAAAAAAAGGACAAUAUAAUGUUCGAGGACGUUAAAGUUGCCGCUAAUUCGUCGCUGAUUGAGGCUGGAGCCAUGAUCGUUUGUGCGCACGAUGCUCUGUUGCCAGCUGCUCAAUGUGUAGGUCGCAGUCGACGUGCUAUCAUAAGAGGGGAUGUAUUUAGAGAAAUUGUGGGUUUUGCUCCUGAACUCCGAGGCUAUGUGCUGAAAUCGUGUUGCGACUGUGCAAUAUGUGUGUUGGAACAAAAGGCGAAGGAUCUGGAAGCUGAGAAAAAGAAGAGAAGUAGGUUUGAUGCGGAGAUUGCAGGUUCAAGGGACAUGUUAGAGCUACUCGAGAGGAAAAAUGGAUUUCCAAAGGGUUUAUUUUCACCCAUUGGAUCUGAGGACAGUAGACAGCAGCAAUUAGCUCCUCAUUUAUCAGUUGGAAAUAGAAGUAAGUACGCGACCUACUUCUUGGUCCCCAAGAAUUGGCUCAACACGUGGAGAAAGUUUGUUCGAAGCCAGGGAGAAGAUGCUCCUGGUCCAGUGCUAAAUGCCGAGCUGGUUUGUUUGUCGCACCAGAAAACUAUCGUCCCACCAUACAUCUCCAUGUUUCUUUCGGGGUUCUCUCUAGAACAGUCAAUCAGGGCGACGCAAGCGCUUGGAUCCACGUUCGCGCGCCAGUACGAGAUCGUGACGUUUGGUGAGUGGGAAGCACUUUACGAUCGGUAUUGCGCUGAGUUUGCCAUCGGCUUUGACAUGAAGACCCACCGCGCUCACAAACGCAAGCUUCACUUCUCCGCGAAAGACUUUGCUUCACUGGUAACUGUCAAAGUGAAUCAUGUUCCACAGCGACCUCUAAAGCGACGCAAACGCCAGUCACGCUCGCGUCAUGUCAGUCCAACAUCCACUAUCAAUGGAAAAGGUCUGUCAGCAACCAUCUGGAGCCAAAUACAAGACCAAUUUGCGGCAGCUAAGAGUCUGGGGGAAAUAACGCGAAUUGUGUUACACUUUUUCACAGAGCAUGAGCAUUUGCAAGGCUCAUCCUCUGAUGUAAUAUUUCCCAUCUUUGUACCGUCCAGCGAAAUUUAUAAAAUGAAGGUGCCAAGAAAAAGACGUAUUUAUGACGUACUUCACGUACUGGAAGGAAUUAGUGUCAUCAAACGAGUUCGAUACGACGAGAGGCGGGGGACUAACGGAGGCUACUUCUUGUACUAUGGGAAGUCGUCGGUUGUGCAGCAUUUGGCAGAAAUGAAGAGCAGGUCGUCUCAGGUGAUGGCGGAAUUCCGACAGACACGUCAUCUGCAUUGUUGCAGCAUUGUGGAAAAAGACAGCGCUCUCGUAAGUGUCUUCGAAAAGCAGGCAGCUGCUGACAAGUGGCCGUGCCUGGUAACAAUGACAGUUUGCUUCCUGGGCUUGCUAUUUCAGCAAGACUAUAAAACAGGAGUAGGGUUACCUGCCAUAAGUGCUCGUCUCGUUGAUGCAAAGACGUUUAUUGGUAGCUUGAUACCGAGCGCAUCGACGGAGGCACCCUAUCGUGAUGUACACCGCCGCGUGUACGAUGUGGUGUCUGUGCUGGUGAGCUGCAACAUAAUAGACACUUCGCCCGUGCCUUGUUCAGAGUCUAUCGACAAAGGUUUACGCAAAUACGUUCGCUUUAACUACGAAAUUUUUACGAAUCCGAGGGUGCUGUUUGCUACUAUCGACUCAUUGAAGUACUGGAAAUCCAAAAGUGUAAGCAGCUUGACAUCUAGUGACGUCACGGCAUGCUUCGGCGAACUCGAAAGCCCAAAUGCGAAAAGUCUUAGAAAUAACUGGCCUUCUCCUUCAUUGGAAUACUGGCAAAGCCUGCAUGACGACCUAGCUCUGGCUAGCUCGACAGUAUUCUCACCAAUUUCUGUGAACGAGUCUGACGCCAGCAGAAUUAUGCAGCCGUCCGCGAACAGCAAUUCAGCGGGCUUACGAGAUGUUCCGGACCCGCAGUUGCCACCCAGUCUUCGUGUUAUACUCCGACCAGCAAAACAGCCAUCAUGCCUUACCCAAAAGUUUUUCUCUCCCCUUGGAAAAAUGACCACGAUAAGCAAUAAAUGGAAUGACGAUUCGCUGAAGCAUCUUGGGCUUCAUGAUGUCGUACCGGCUGUGGACAAAAUUGACUGGAAAUCGGACAUGCAGCUGCAAGAAAACUGUUGCGAGAUGUGGGGCUUGCAGCAUUCACAAACAGCUCCAGCUGACAUUUGUGAGCAGCAGCAUCAAUAUUGGGUAGACGGGAUAAACGUAAAGCUUACGGAUCUUGAAUGUAGCGAUGUAUUGGUAGAUGACGACAUUAAUAGUACAAGCAGCUAUUUCUGCUAA